AUGCUUCGUUUAGGUAGAAUCCCGAUUGUGGGCUAUAAACCAUUGAUUUCAGUUAUACAAACAACUAAAACACUAAAAUUCCCAACAAUUACAAGAUCAAUUAGUCAAUCUUGUAAAAGACUUGCUACGGCUCCAAUUCAACAACAAGCCAAGAACGUUAAAGCAGAGACAGGCAUUAAAAAACUAAUGAAAAAGUAUGGUUAUUCUGCAUUAGUUGUAUAUAUUGGUGUCACCUUUAUCAGUUUGCCAUUAUGUUUCUUUACUGUACACUCCAUGGGUGCUGAAAAGAUCAGUAUUUACAUGAACAGGGGUAAACAAUUAUUUGGAUAUGGUGAAGUAAAUGAUGAAGCAGUUAUCGAGAAGUUAAAGCAAAAGAAGUUGGAAUUGGAAAAACAAAGAGAAAGUGGAACACACACUAAAUGGGGUGAAUUUAAACAAAGCACUUUACUAGCUGAGUUUCUGAUUGCAUAUGGUUUACACAAAAGUUUAGUAUUCGUUAGGAUACCGGUGACUGCAGCAGUAACACCUACAAUGGCUAGACUAUUUCAACGUUGGGGGUUCAGGAGACUUGCUGGAGGGGCAAACAUUAUAAAAAAUGACAGAAUUAUUCCAAAAGUUGGUCCAAAUGGAGAGUUACCAAGACAAAAUCCAUCUAGCUCAAGAAAAUGGUUUAACGGGUUGAUGUAA